CUUAUAUUCCGCCAUUUUGUUCGCCUGUCUGGGAGUCGACCGAAGCUGAACCGCAAAUUCUUCAUCGUUUUCCGCUUUUUAAACAUUAACCAUGUCGAGAAAUAGGGUAUAUUUUGAUAUAACGGCUGAUGGCAGGAGCAUGGGUCGAAUUAUAAUGGAGCUCAGGAAUGAUGUAGUCCCAAAAACAGCUGAAAAUUUCCGUGCUCUCUGCACAGGUGAAAAAGGCUUUGGCUACAAGGGAAGCUCAUUCCACCGCGUCAUCACAAAUUUCAUGUGCCAGGGUGGUGACUUCACAAGGGGAGAUGGAACGGGCGGCAAAAGCAUCUAUGGAGAAAAAUUUGCCGAUGAGAACUUCACAUUGAAACACACUGGAGCCGGAAUCCUCUCCAUGGCUAAUGCAGGGCCAAACACCAAUGGUUCUCAGUUUUUCCUUUGCACAGUAAAAACAGCAUGGUUGGAUAACAAACAUGUGGUCUUUGGCAGUGUUAUCGAGGGAAUGGAGAUUGUGAAGGCAAUUGAAGCGUUCGGUUCUGAGAGCGGUAAAACCUCCAAGAAAAUCAUCGUCGCUGAUUGUGGUCAGGUGUAGUGAAUGAAGACUUGUAUUCCAAAUUCAUUGAAGGGCUGGAUAACAUCCAUCCGAUUAAGUAGCUUAGCUUGAUUAGUCUUUGUCACUCUAUAUUUGUUAUUUCAGACAGCUUGUAUUGUGCAUCAUUUUGUUGGGUUACUUCUAGUUUCUUCAGCUCUUGAAUCUUGCCGACAAAUUGGCCCGCUGGUAGUCUUGCUUGGGCUAUUUUUAAAAAUCGCCCAGGUGAAUUGUCCUCAGCGUUCCUUGAAGCAUCUCCAGAUCUAUUGAAAAAUAUACCAUUUUGAAUCUUGAACUAUGGAAAAGCCUUCUUGCUGAUGCCCAACACAAGCUGUCCAACUAUCCAUGAUAAAGACACCGAAUAUGCUUCCGUGUAUGCAUGACAUUAUACUUUAAAUUUACAUUGAUCAACUCCCUGUUAACGUUCACGUUCAGAAUGCACACCAUUGGCCUUCGGAACAUGUAAUUAUCCUAACAUUGCCAAAACUUUAUAACAGAACUGGUCUUGGGGUAAGGAAGACUGUCUGGAUGAGAUGUAACGCAUAAACUGUGCCAAAUUACCUUAGACAGGUUUCUUUACAAUUUUGUGCCAUAAUCACUACACAAUUUUUAACUUGUGCUGGAAGGUACAUCUUAUUUCAGAGCAGUUACUAUAUCAAUUCAUUCCAUGCCUUAUAAGAUAUAUACUGUCUCUUUAUUAUAAUCAUGAUUCAUUGUCUUUUUCAAAACUAUACUACCGUAAUAAACCCAUUGAGAUGGCAAUCCUUUCAAUAAGUGUUGGUAGGUUGGUACAUUUUUGUUUUCUUCAUGUCUCUCUAAAAUAAUGCAUUAAGCUGACAUUAGUAAAUGCAGCUUUAGGUAUCUCGGCUUUCAUGUCCUAAAGUUUAAGAAAGCUCCAUGCUAGUUCUCGAAUGGUAAAUAGGAACACCAGUCAUGCAGUUUGCAUAAAUGUCUCGGCAGUUUUUCCUCCCAUUAGUCCAGUUGCCCUUCGUUGUCUAAAUCACAUUGUGUAGUGUAUUUGUAUGUGGCAUGUAAAACAGAAAACCUGUUCAUUAAAUCAUAUACUUGCUAAAGAUCAAUCAAAGUUUUACCAGACCACUUCGAAGUAAGAUAUUGCAGCGUGCAUUCCAAAUCCAUCAUUAUGUAAAGAAAGGACCAGUGUGUUGAAUUCAAUUCAAGUCUAAUAUAAGUGUUGUUGCCAAGCAACAGAUUUGAUGACACAUCUCAAGUGAUCAAUCUCGGGUGUAAGCUGUGCAAAGGAUCAUCAAGUCAUACGCAAGUUACUGAAUGGAACCCUAUUGCGGACCCUAUUGUCCACAUGUUCAACGGGCCUAAUCUAGCUAUCUGAUGUGCCUGACUUAUGAAUAGGAAAUGAGACGGUUCAUUUUCACCGCCCAAGAAAAUGUAAUAAGUAGGCUGAAUCAUUGGUGUGCGAAAUAGCCUUUAAGGGCUCAAAUAUGUAGGGAUUUUACCUUUUGAAGAGAUAGCCGUCUCGGGUUUCAAGAGAGUACUGUAUGUAUACAUGACUUGGUGUAUUAUUCUAGAAAUUUACCUCUGCAAAGCGAUGUACGAAGAUUCCAGGGCAAUGAAAACUACACAAAAACCAAAUACUUCAUCAUGUGUUCAGAUUUGUUUAAUAGUCAGUAACAUUUUACAAAUGACUUUGCAUCGUUUUAGGUGUAAUACAGGUAGUUAUCAGUGAUGAUUUCUUUAAGGAAAACUCAGAACAAAGUCAACAAUCAGCUCCCAUUGUACAAUUGGGCCAUGACCAGCUAUAAAAAACAUCUUUCAAGCCCCUAAACAAGGUCAUUUGAACCAGGUGUGCAGAGAGAGAACACGCGACAAGUUUAUUUUCACUUUGAGUGACUGCAACACCUUUUUGCCAUUCAGAUGUUUUUGCACUCGCUCUUUGCCACCAUGUAUGGUGGUUUAUAACACCAGUAAUUUCCAUCACAGCUUUUUAUAGUAAAAAUUUGUAGGGUCCACCAAACUAAUGUAUUGGUUAUGGCCUCAUUAUGGUGGCAAUUGACGAUCAAGAACUAAUAAAUUGAAUAAUGUAGUUUGGUCUUAGAUGUAUGUUGAUUCUCUUUUAUAUGGUGUCAAAUUGCGUGUACCGUGUACUCUUGAAUACAAUGGCAUUCAGUAAAAGGACAAUUUAAACUUCUUAA